AUGCCCGCCAUGUGUGAAGGCGCUGCCUGCUCUUGGGGCAUUCUUCUCUCCUCGUUGUUUUUGCUCUGCCGGAUGUGGGCGUUGCUCGGUGUGUGCUGGCGCGUGACGAACGGUGCCACGAUGGCCUACUCUGACGAUGACAGUCGCUGUGCUCUCGGCACACACCCACACACUCUCCCUUGUCUCUCUGUGAGAAUGAUUGCAGCAGUAGCGUGGUCUAUGGCAGCGGCUGUUGGUGCUGCGGAGAACGAGGCGCCGAGGGAGAAGAGGGCAAACCUGCUGGACGCGAUUACGAUGGCGGAUGAAAGCUGUUUCGUUGCCUUUGCUUCGUACAUUGCUAAGAAUGCGCCGUGUCGCCGUCUGACGGAAUGCCUGCACUCGGCACCCUUCGAGGCAUUGUGUUCUUUCAUUCAGUGUGAUGCCACAAUCAUCAUGGCAGCACCUUCCCUCACCGGCUCUGAGUGUGACAAUACGAAUGACGGCAAAGGGAGCGAUGAGGAUUAUGGUGACGACUUGCACCGAGGGGCGGAUUAUUUGCGUGUCUUGGCACACGAAUCCCGGGAGGGUUUGAAUGCCGUCCCCACAAUUCCCGGCCUUGCGGAACCGUUGGCUUUCGCGCUGUCACCCGCCGUAAUUAGUGCCCAUGCGUUGAGGCUGAUCCAUUUACCGUGGAGUUCACGCAGCAGCUCUCGAGUGGUUGUGCUGCUGAUCCCGCGUUGGUCCUUUCGCACGUAUCUCAGCGUUGCCUGGCGGAUGAUUUGA